CGCAGUCCACACGCGAGCUGCCCCAGCCGGCGCCAGCGCCGCCGCGGCGGACGAGCCGCACGCCGCGGGCCAAAGGCCCUGCAGCGCACGCGGCGGCGCCGCCCUGCGCCAGCCGCGGCGAGGAGUGGAACGGCGGCCGCAGCGGCUCCGUGCUGGAGGGGGGCGACCUCGUCUUCGACGCCUCGCUGCCAGAGGUGGCCACCGCGGCGCACGCUGCGGACAGCGUUGCCAGGGCGUUCCCGCACUGCGUGACCAGGAGCCGGCGCCUGGGCAGCCACGCGGUGUGGAGGUGGGCGAGCUCGAGGUCGGCCUCCUCGCACGCGCCGGCGGCGCCCCGCCUGCUGGGGCGCUGGUGGCCGGCUCGCUCGAGCUGAGCGCGGCGCAGGCGCCUAGCGUCUGGCGUCCGCCAGCGCUGCGCUGCCCGGCAGCAGGGGCAAGGGCAAGGGCCCGCGGCGCGCGCUGCGCGGUGAGUCGAGGGGCGCCGGUCGCUGACAGCGCGGCCCGGCCCCCCUGUCCUGUGCAGCGAGGGCCUCGGCGUGCGGCGGUCUCGAUUUUCGUACGGCGGGUGAGUGCCAGGGCUCGAGCGAAAGGCGAUGCUUGGGCGCUGUCGUGGGCCGCGCUCGUCCUGGUCUCGUGCCGCAGCAGGGCCGGG